AUGUUUCCAAUAACUGCACAAACACCAGAAUAUUUGGUGGUUGUAGUCCUAGAAGGCACUUAUCGUCUUGAAGAACAUUUCGAAACUAUACGAGAGGCAUACUUAGAUCCUAUCUUAAAUUAUUUGAAAUCACCUAUAAUCGUUGAAAAAGAAGAUGCAGAAAAGAAAGAUCGAAUGGCUCCAUUAUUAAAUCUUGGAUUAGUUAUUUUUGGGGGAUAUGGGCGAUGUUCCCGUAAAGUUACAACAUCACAUUAUUUCAAAUCAAGACUAAAUGAGUUUGAAGAACUUAUUAAAGCAAUUGAUUUUGAAGGUGGUAAAGUCUAUGAAAACCCAGUUGCUGAAGGAUUAGUUGCUGCCCUUGAGAUGUUUGAUGUGUAUGAAAGAAACAACAAAAGGUCCAAUAUACAAAAAAAACACUGUAUAUUGAUAUCAAAUAGCCUUCCAUGUAUUGAUCCUGUUCAUCACAAUUUGCAUGACAAGUAUGAUAUGUUUACCAUGGAUAAUAUAAUAGAUGAAAUGAAAAAAAAAAAUAUCCGUCUUUCUUUUAUAACACCUCAAAGUUGUUACAAUGAGUUAGAAGAUGUUGUAGCAAAGGAUGUAGUUGCACCUUCACAUGUAGUCAAAUUAGCAGGAUUUAAAGUAAGCUUUACAAAACAAAAAGAAGCCAAUAUAGGUGUAAAAAGAAAGCCAGAUGAAUUGAGUGUUGAAAAAAAUAAUGACAAUGCUAAUAGCAAUGAAAAUAUUGACCCUGCUACUCACAUGGAUAUUGAUGUCACCAAUGCUAAUAAUAAUAUCAAUGAUUAUACAACUGGUGAAAAAGCAAACAAAGGAACUCAAGAAAACAACAACCCAUUGCCUCAUGGUGCCAAGAGACUUAGACUUGGUUCUAAUGAUAAUGACAAUGACAAUAACAAUGCUAUCAAUGGUAAUGGAAAUAGUAGCAACAACAAUCAAACAAAUGAUUUAAUUCAAUCUUCAUCAUCUACACCUUUAAUUGAUACAAAUCAAAGCCAAAAUGAUAUGGAGAUGAAUAUAAAUACUACUCUACCCAUUCAACAAUCCAGUCCUUCAAAAUUGUCAAAUUCUCCUGUUAUCAUUCAAUUAUCUUCACCAAAUCCUCAAAGACAAAAUUCUCAAACUCUCUCUGUUGAACCAAACAAUACUGUUGUUCAAUUACAAUCCAUUCAGUCCACUAAUACUAAUAAUCUUCAACAACAAAAAACUCCUAAAUUAAUGAAUAAUCCAAAUGCUCAAAAGUCUGCACAAAAUUUGAAUACUCAAUCUUCUGGUGCUGCUCAACAAACAAUUGCUCAACAAGCUGCCAUGUAUAAAAAUUUACAUAAUCAACAAAAUCUUGCCAAUUUAAUCAACAACAACAAAAACAUAACACCUGAAAAACGUAGUCAAUUAAUUGCACUUUACAGUCGUCAAAAUGCUACUGCUGCUGCUCAAUUUACAGCAACAAACAGUGGGAAUGGUACUAACAAUAAUGGUGGUAUGAACAGACAAGGAUUUACAAUGAACAAUGUUAACUCACAAAAUCCACAACCUGGUACUCCUAUUAUUAAUAAUAUCAACAAUAAUGUUAUUAGUACUACAACUGUCACUAACCCUACUGUCAUUAAUAACAACAAUAAUCUCAACCUCAUAAAUGCUGCUACUAGUGUCAACAAUUCUACAACAAAUCAAAUGGCAGCACAAAUGAUGACAGCUUCAACUAAUGCAACUAUUGCUACUGCUUCACCACGUUUAUCAACUAAUGCUGCUGCUAAUGUCAAUAUUAUUAGUCACAAUGCUAUUGCUACAGGAUCAACAACCUCACCUUCCAAUUUAAAUGCCUUUUCACCUAAUCCAAAUGUUAAUAUAAAUACUCAAAAUGUUAUACCCAUGCCUCAAAAACUUAUUUCAAUAUGGAAUGGUAAUAUUGUGUGGAAGCAACAUGAAUUAAACUGUCAUGUAAAUGUUAUCCCAUAUCAACUUGCAAAACACAUGCCAACUGACUUCAUGACUCAAUAUUGGCCUGAAAAAAUGGAGAUAUCAGGAGCUAUUCCAAUUAAAGAUAUAAAAGAUGCUGGAACUAGUAGUUCAUUAGUGGUUUCACUACUUCCCACUCCAAAUCAAGAGGAUUCAAAAUUCAAAGCGAUAGUUGAUUUUUUAGAAAAAAAUAAAUAUGCACUUACAAUUCGUUUCCCUAAAGCCCCAAAUCCAAAUGGUGGUAUUGCUAUUUUUGUAGGUUUAAAGAGAGUUUUGGUGGGAAUGCUAUUUCUUAAUACUCCUUUACCUGCUCAAAUCACACAUACACAAGUUCCACAGAUGCAAAUAAAAAUACAACAAAAUCAGCCACAAUUACAACAACAAUUACAGUUACAGCAACAGAUACGACAAUUGCCUCAACAUAUGCAACAGGAAUUUCAACGAAAACUUCAACAGCAGCAACUGCAGCAAUUACAGCAACGGCCACAAUUAAUGACAAGACAUUAUCAACAACAACAACAAAUGUUGUUACAAUCAAUGCAAAAUCAACAGCCACAACAAAAUGCAAAUCAAUUCUUACAAGCAUUGCUGCAGCAACAACAGCAAUCACCUCAACCAAACUCAAAUCCUCAAAAUACACAACAGCAACCCAUGAUUAGAAUGCCACAGAAUUUGUCUCAACAGAUUCAAAGACUCAAUAUUAUCAAUCAACAAGGACAAAGUUCAAAUUCACACUUAAUCCAACUUCAAUCAGCAGCAAAUGUUCCAACUUUUCCAUCAGAUUAUAUAAU